UGGCUUCUUAUAAAUUUUGGUGUGCUGGAUCCCAAAGCUGCAUGAUUUAUAUUAAAGCACCAGAUCUAAAUGUCAUAUAGGGGAGAUUUAUUUUCGCUCACAUUAAGAGUUGAGACACCAUGACCUGGACAAAUCCUCUGACCCUACUUCGCCAUGGCUGGGAGAGACACAAGGAUAGAGACAGACCCAUCAGGACUGUGGUCUCCAACUUGCCUUUUGAAGAUCUGAAGAAACGAGACCAGCCCAACCGCCGGUAUGAGGGCAAUGCCAUCAAAACCAACAAAUACAGACUUUGGAGUUUCAUUCCCAUGAACUUAUUUGAGCAGUUCCACCGCAUGGCCAACAUUUAUUUUGUGGGCCUUGCCAUCUUAAAUUUCGUCCCAGUGGUAAACGCGUUCCAGCCGGAGGUGGCUCUAAUUCCAAUUUGUGUCAUCCUGGCAUUAACCGCAAUCAAGGAUGGGUGGGAGGACUUCCGGAGGUACCAGACCGACCAGCAGCUCAACAAUAUGCCCUGCUUCAUAUUCAGCAGGAAACAGAUGUGCUUCGUGAAGAGAAGAUGGAAAGAUGUCCGGGUGGGUGAUUUUGUGCGAGUGCUCUCUAACGAGAUCAUCCCUGCUGACAUUCUGCUUCUGCACACGUCCGAUCCUAAUGGAGUGUGCCACAUUGAAACAGCCAAUCUGGAUGGAGAGACCAACCUCAAGCAGAGGAAAGUGGUACCAGGCUUUUCCACUCUGGGUGAACCAUUUCAACCUCAGACAUUUGACAGUACUGUAGUAUGUGAAAACCCCAACAACAACCUUAACCUGUUUAAAGGUUAUGUGGAGAGGCCUGAUAUGACGAGAACGGGAUUUGGCAUUGAUAGUCUUCUGCUGCGUGGGUGCACUGUGAGAAAUACUGACGAUGCAGCUGGAAUAGUGGUGUAUGCAGGACACGGGACCAAAUCCAUGUUAAACAACAACGGCCCCAGGUAUAAACGAAGCAAGAUCGAGAGGAAAAUGAACACAGAUGUACUGUUCUGCGUGGUUCUUCUAUUUUUCAUGUGUCUCAUCGGUGCCCUGGGUCAUGCUAUCUGGUUGGAAACAUUUACCACCAUUCCCCCCUACAUCGUCCCUUACAGUAAUGGAAAUUACACUCCUUCAGUACUAGCAGGAUUUUACAUGUUUUUCACCAUGAUCAUCUUACUGCAGGUAAUGAUUCCUGUGUCGUUGUAUGUGUCCAUUGAGCUGGUCAAGAUGGGGCAGGUCUUCUUCAUCACUCAGGAUGUUGAACUUUACGAUGAGGAGCUGGACAGCCGAGUCCAGUGUCGUGCUCUGAACAUCACAGAGGACCUGGGACAGAUCCAAUACGUCUUCUCAGAUAAGACGGGGACUCUCACAGAAAACAAGAUGGUCUUCCGUCGCUGCACCAUCAUGGGGACUGAAUACUGUCAUGAUGAGAAUGCUGCGCGCUUGGCGGUUCUCAGUGAGGCAAACGUGGAGGAGGAGGAGGUCACCAUCUACCAGCAGACGAAGCUUCCACCACUGUUCCCUGUGGAUGAAUUACAGGACAGCUACACAGGAGACAAAAAUCACAGCAACACUCAAGCUACAGCUGUCACUCGUCGCAUAUCAAAUGUCACAGCGGGUGCUCAAGGUGACAUGGCCUUCAGCAGUGCUCUGGAAACAGUAGUGAUUCCAGACAGGAAGCUGAUGCUGGAAGUGGACCGUCAGAUGGCGAGCAUCCAGAGUGGGCCCUACCUGGACUUUUUUCUGGCCCUGGCCAUCUGCAACACAGUGGUGGUUUCCACAGUAACAGCCCAGAGACAGAGAGUCAAAGGAAGACGUAACUCCUCAUCCAAAGGAUCAUUUUGUAACAUGGGCGACUGGUUUAAAAACAGUCCUCUGCGGAAGAUUUUCACCUCCCUGAAGUUCUGCAAAAGUGAAGGGGAGACCCUCACAGAUCCCUUUACUGUUGAUGAAGACGACCCUGACAUUCUGCAGAGCUCUAGUGUCUCUGAUUCUACAGAUGACUACGAGUUCAACUCCACCACGGGGAAGAAGGACAUUUCAAGUCAAUGCAAAUAUAAACGCAAUGUUUCUGGGUCAGAAGAGGUGUGUUAUGAAGCCCACAGCCCAGAUGAGGCUGCUCUGAUAUAUGCAGCUAAAGCUUAUGGGUUCACCAUGGUGGAACGCACUCCGCAUUAUGUGACCGUGAAGCUCCCAAAUGAAACGUUGAUGCAGUUUGAGGUGUUGGAUGUCCUGACCUUUGAUUCAACACGAAGGAGGAUGUCCAUAAUAGUGCGCCACCCUUACACCGAUGAAAUCAUCAUGUACACUAAAGGGGCUGAUUCAGCUAUAUUGGAAAGACUGGGGAAUGUUUUUUCAGAUAUGACACAAGUGGAUAGUGUGGAGAAGCAGAUUGCUGUAAAAACCCAAAAAGACCUUGACAUGUAUGCCAUGGAUGGAUUACGAACGCUGUGUUUUGCCAAAAAGGUUAUCAGUGAACAGGAGUACAAGGCCUGGUCAGCUGUUAGACAGGAAGCGGUGUUAGCCAUUGAUGAGAAAGAAGAGCAUCUUAUGGAGACUGCAACCUACAUAGAGAACAACUUUACUCUGCUGGGGGCGACUGGCAUUGAGGACCGCCUUCAGGAGAGUGUUCCAGAAACCAUCCAGGCUCUGAGACAGGCGGGUAUGCAGGUGUGGGUGCUGACUGGGGACAAACCUGAGACAGCUAUCAACAUCGCUUACUCUUGCAAGCUGCUGGACCAUGAAGAUCUGGUGUUCACCUUCACCACAAUGAAGAAGUCUGUUUGUAAAAUGAGAUUGGAGGACACACUUGUAGAGGUGCGACGAAGCACCCUGUCAGCCGGAGUGGACCACCAGUUCAGCGGUUAUAACUCAACAUUUACCGGCCCGUUGAUGGAGCCCAGCAUUGGGCUGGUGAUAGAUGGGCUGACCUUGAGCAUGGCAAUGUCAGACGACCUGGUGGACCAGUUUGUGGAACUCUGCAAACACUGUCGUGCGGUGCUUUGCUGUCGAGUCACUCCUCUGCAAAAGAGCAGUGUGGUUAAACUGAUACAGAAGAAACUUAGGGUCAUGACCCUCGCCAUAGGUGAUGGUGCCAAUGAUGUGAACAUGAUUCAAGCUGCAGACAUUGGGAUUGGCGUAUCUGGACAAGAGGGGAUGCAGGCUGUCAUGGCCAGUGACUUUGCCAUCACACGCUUUAAACACCUGCAAAGACUGCUGUUGGUUCACGGACAAUGGUGCUAUUCAAGAUUGGCCAACAUGGUCAUCUAUUUCUUCUAUAAGAAUGUGGCUUAUGUGAAUCUCCUGUUCUGGUACCAGUUCUUCUGUGGUUUCUCCGCCACAGCCAUGAUCGACUACUGGCUCAUGAUAUUCUUCAACCUCUUCUUCACCUCUGCUCCUCCCAUCAUGUUUGGCAUUAUGGACAAAGAGGUGUCAGACUCCACUUUACUGAGCCUGCCUGAACUAUAUAAGAGAGGACAGCACACUGAGGGAUACAGAAGAUCAACAUUUUGGAUCGCCAUUCUUGACGCUUUUUAUCAGAGCCUAGUUUGCUUUUUUAUCCCGUAUUGGACAUACAAUGGUUCAGACAUUGGGAUAUUCUCAUUUGGAACUCCAAUGAACACGGUGUCUCUAUUCACCAUCAUCCUGCAUUUGGCCAUUGAGAUCAAGAGCUGGACGGUGGUGCAUUGGGUGAUCAUGAUAGGCAGUGUGGUGCUGUACUUCAUAGUGACUCUGGCCUACAGUGCCAUCUGUAUCAGCUGCAACCCUCCGUCUGACCCCUACUGGAUCAUGCAAAAACAAAUGGCCGAUCCGAUGUUUUAUCUCGUCUGCAUUUUAACAACUGUUGUUGCUUUGCUGCCAAAGUACACCCUGCAUGUCCUGCAGGGAACGUUGGCCCCCUCCCCUCACCUCCGCGCACGGCAGCUCGAGCGGCUGCCCCCCUCCUAUCGGGAGCAAAAGAUCAGAGAGUGGCGUGGUCUCCGAGACACGUGCAUCUCUUCUUCUCUCAGAUCCCAGAAACACUGCCAGUCUCCGUGCCCCAGUGCAUAAGCUACACACCACUACAGUCUGUGUUGUGGCAUUGAUGUACAGAGAACGACAACGCCACAAAGCUUGAAUUUUUCAAUACAGAAAUCUUGCCAAUGGGCAAAACUGAAACCGAUAUGUAUGUUUUGCACACAUCGAUGCACCGCAGAGGGAGUGUUGGGGCAGCAUCAGAAACCAGUACUCGUGUUGAUUUAGCCCAUCCAAGAAAUAAUCUGAACGCCUUGAAGCUGUGCAUUUCAAUUUUGAAUGUGUCUGCUCUAACAAACCAUCUGCAUGAACAUCACACGUUGCCUGCUGAGGCUCAAACACAGCAUAUAAACUUGAAUCAUUUCUCUACAGCACUUGAAAGUAAUCUGUUCUCUGGCUACAGCUGAGCCUUUUUUCCCUAAUGUGAAAUGUACUUCCUGUUGUCAUGUGGACCACAUUUGUAGGCAGUUGCGCUUUGAGCAGCUCAUAUAAUAAUUGAGGUUUGCAGAUGUUACAUAAUACUUGGUUCAUUUAUUCAGAGCUUGUUGUGCAUGGUGACAGAAAUACAAGCGCUCUGUGAGACUAAGGAGGCUGGAUCUUCUUGUUAUUAUAUUAUUAAUUCCUAAAAAAUUAAUUGUCAUAUCAUGAUGUUUAAUGCGCGUUUGCUUCUGUAUGCAUGCUUAUAAUAUAUAAAAGGCAGAUCAUCUCCUCUGCGCCUUUAUUUGAAUAUUUAAUUGCUCUGCUGACGUCUGUCUGACGCUCUUCACUCAUGACGGGGUCAGUGAUGACCUCACUCAGACAGACAGAUCAUAGCGGCGCGAGCUUGUCUCUUUUCCGCAUCCUUCUCGCAUGUGUGUAACACACAUCACAGCCAAGGCUCAGUAUGUAAAAAAAGGUGCACUGAUUCUAUUUGCAGAGCACGGUGCGUUUUACGUAAUGAUGUCAGACUGUUUCUGACGGACUGAGGCUGCCAUCUAGUGGUGGUCCGAUGAGCUGCAAACACAGACAGACAUUUAGGCAAAUAAAUAAUAAGUGUCAAAACAACAGAUCCUUUAUUCAAGCCUUAUGACAGUGUUUUCAGAUGCAGUCACAUGUAAAAUUAUUUUUUAAGCCAUUUAGAGUCACUGGAUUAUAUUUAUAAGGGGCGGUACUACAGGUGAAAAGGCUAAAAUGCCUCUUUUCUUGUAUAAAAUGAAAUUGCAUCAUUAAAGUGUACAUAUAAACAAGUCAUUUUGUAUUGUGACUUUAACCAUUUAAAAUUUGGAAAUAUGCAAAUUUGGUUCCCUCUUUAAUACAUGCACACAUAUGCAUAUUAGCUAUAUGAAAAUACUGUAGAUCCCUCACAACAUUUAAUUGUUCUAAUGUGAUGGUU